AAAAAAAAAAAAAAAAGAAUUGAAGAAAUUUGCAGACCCAGAUCUCCCUCCCUAAUUCCCUAUUCUUUUCAUAUUUCUACACAUCUCUAUGCAUAUUGACUAACAAAACAAUUAUUCUUCGAGUUUUGGGUUUGUGUUCUUGAAAAGAUGGCAGCAGGAACAUCCAGGAAAAUUUCAGCAGCUUCAGCCAGGUCUCACACUAGAAAAUCUAAGCAAAAGACUUCGCUUCCACUUCCUUCAGGAUUAUUUGGGAAAAUAUUGCUGGUUUCCUUCAUAGGAUUUUUGGCAUGGGCUUAUCAGGCAACUCGGCCUCCUGCGCCCAAGCUGUGUGGCUCACCAGAUGGGCCUCCUAUCACAGCUCCAAGAAUAAAACUUAGUGAUGGAAGAUACCUGGCUUACAAGGAACACGGUGUGCCCAAAGAUAAAGCAGCAUAUAAGAUAGUCUAUGUUCAUGGAUUUGAUUCUUGCAGACAUGAUGCUGUUAUUGCCAAUAAUCUAUCCCCAGAUGUUAUUGAGAGUUUGGGAGUCUAUAUUGUUUCCUUUGACAGACCUGGUUAUGGAGAAAGUGAUCCUAAUCCAAAACGCACUGAAAAGGGCAUAGCUUUAGAUAUAGAGGAGCUCGCUGAUGCGCUGGGAUUAGGUUCAAAAUUCUAUGUUGUGGGAUUUUCCAUGGGUGGGCAGGUGGUUUGGACCUGUCUCAAGUACAUCCCUCAUAGAUUGGCUGGAGCAUCUCUUAUAGCUCCCGUUAUCAACCACUGGUGGCCUAACAUUCCUGCAAACUUAUCCAAACAAGGCUUCUCUAAACACCUUCCCCAGGAUCAGUGGGCUCUAGGUGUUGCUCACUAUGCUCCAUGGCUUGUACACUGGUGGGAGACCCAAAAGUACUUUCCCGCUUUAAGUGUUUCAGCUCACAGCCGGGAUAUUCUUUCUUCACAUGACUUAGAAUUACUGCCUAAAAUUCAUCCCCGAAGAGUGGAUUACAUGGCACAGGUGAGACAACAAGGGGAAUUCGAGUCUCUCCACCGCGACUUGAUAGUUGGCUUUGGGACCUGGGAGUUUGGCCCUACCGAUCUAAAGAACCCAUUCCCUAACGGAGAAGGUUCUGUUCACCUGUGGCAUGGAGAAGAGGAUCGUCUUGUACCCGUUGCUGUGCAAAGAUACAUCACUCAACAGCUUCCAUGGAUUCACUACCAUGAGCUUCAGGAUGGGCCUCCUAUCACAGCUCCAAGAAUUAAACUUAGUGAUGGAAGAUACCUGGCUUACAAGGAACACGGUGUGCCCAAAGAUAAAGCAACAUAUAAGAUAGUCUAUGUUCAUGGAUAUGAUUCUUGCAGGCAUGAUCCCGCUAUUGCCAAUAAUCUAUCUCCAGAUGUUAUUGAGAGUUUGCGAGUCUAUGUUGUUUCCUUUGACAGACCUGGUUAUGGAGAAAGUGAUCCCAAUCCAAAACGCACUGAAAAGGGCAUAGCUUUAGAUAUAGAGGAGCUCGCUGAUGCGUUGGGAUUAGGUUCAAAAUUCUAUGUUGUGGGAUUUUCCAUGGGUGGGCAGGUGGUUUGGACCUGUCUCAAGUACAUCCCUCAUAGAUUGGCUGGAGCAUCUCUUAUAGCUCCCGUCAUCAACCACUGGUGGCCAAACAUUCCUGCAAACUUAUCCAAACACGGGUUCUCUAAGCACAUUCCCAAGGAUCAGUGGGCUCUAGGUGUUGCUCACUAUGCUCCAUGGCUUAUACACUGGUGGGAAACCCGAAAGUACUUUCCUGCUCUAAGUGUUUCAGCUCACAGCCAGGAUAAUCUUUCUUCUCAAGACAUAGAAUUACUGCCUAAUAUUAUUCCCCGAGUAGUGGAUUACAUGGCACAGGUGAGACAACAAGGGGAAUUCGAGUCUCUCCACCGCGACUUGAUAGUUGGCUUUGGGACCUGGGAGUUUGGCCCGACCGAUCUAAAGAACCCAUUCCCUAACGGAGAAGGAUCUGUUCACCUGUGGCAUGGUGAAGAGGACUGUCUUGUACCCAUUGCUGUGCAAAGAUACAUCACUCAACAGCUUCCAUGGAUUCACUACCAUGAGCUUCAGGGUGCCGGUCACUUGUUCCCUCAUGCCUAUGGAAUGGCUGACAGAAUUGUUAAGUCCCUUUUAAUUGGAGAGAACAGUCCGUAGAUGUUCAUUGCUGUACUUCAUCCACCUCUUUUGCUUACCUUUGCAUUUCUUGAAGAUGUAAUGUUUUUCUUAAUGUUACAAAAGAUUUUGUGGUAUAA